AACACUAGGAGCGACUCCAGCGUCGUCCGUGUUAUUUCGCCGAGGUCCUCUCGACUCUCGACUCUCGACUCUUUUCCGGUGGCGAAAGCGAGUCAGUUUCUGUCUCCAUGGCUUCAUCUCCGGCGGCCGUCAGGGAACUCCAGCAGGAUCUCGAGAGCCAGGCCAACGCCCUCAGCAAGAUCCAAAAAGACAUCGCCAAGAAUCACCAGGUCAGGAAGCAGUACACCAUCCGGCUCGGCGAGAACGAGCUUGUCCUCACGGAAUUGGAACUAUUGAAUGAGAAUUCCAACGUGUACAAGCUGAUCGGACCUGUGCUCGUGAAGCAGGAUAUAGCGGAGGCUAACGCCAACGUGCGCAAAAGGAUCGAAUACAUCUCGGUUGAACUUAAGCGGCUCGAUGGGACACUUCAGGAUUCAGAAGACAAGCAGAACAGCAAGAAGGAAUCGGUCUUACAAUUACAACAGAAGAUUCAAACUCUGCAGGCUGGAAAAUCCAAAUCCUAUCUUCCUUUUGUCAGGACUGUCCAGUCAUUCUACUUGCUUUCAUCCAGUGGGUAUUCCUCGAUGCUUUUCCCAGUGAAAACUUUCUUACCAUGCUAAUGAAGAAGUUUUCAGGAUGGAGUGUUGUGCUUGUGUGAUUAUUUUUAUUGUGAUGUUUGUCUCUUAGAAGUUGAUAAGAUGUCCAAAAGUGAACCAUAGCACAUUUAGUAAAUAUUGGCCAGAGUUCUCAUUUUAUUGGAGCAUGGCUAUGGAAGAUGAUAUUGAACUUGGGGAAGGAAGCAGUGGAAGUGAAGAGGAGCUUGAUCUCGGGCACUGUUGAUCAUGUUUAUCAUCAUUUGCAUAUUUAUGAUCUUCAUGUCUCAGAUUUUCUUUUUCUUUCAUCAAAUACAAUUUAGUGUUUCUUAAA